UCCUUCUAUUUUUGCGGUCGAAAGAAAGAAGGAACUUUGGUUAUGCACCAGAAAUGAAACUCAUCCCCUUCCCUAACGUCACCCCCUCCCCUUUUGCUGGGCGGGAAAAGAAAAGUAGGGGAUGUUUUUCUGCAGUUGCAGAGCGGCAUCCUUUCGCGAGCUUGGUGGAUCCGUUUCUUCCAGUUAUCCGCUUUCUCUCUCAUUAGUGCUGCUGCUGCUGCUUAUGAGAUCACUUUGAAAAGGAUUUUCUGAAUUAGUACUGCCAUGUCUGAUUUUGAAACUGAAGAUACUGAAGAGACUGUAACUUGUCUGCAAAUCACUAUUUAUCAUCCAAAACAAGAAGAAAAACCAGUCUUUGGUGCUUUAAGAUUCUUUCACCAACAACAGCUGAGAGCAGAUGACACAGUGAAAUUUGGAAGAGAUUCGAAAAUCUGUCAUUUUCACUUUUUAGAUUCACGGGUUUCACGUGUUCAGUUUGGACUUCAGUUUUUCAGGCACUUCAACAGCUCAGAGUUUGGUUUUGAGAUUAAGAAUCUGAGCAAAAAGGGAAAGUUAACUGUGGACAAUGUUGAACUGGCCUAUCUAAAUAAAGUCAAUCUACCAGAUAAAUGUAUGGUUUGCUUUGGAGAUUACCAGAUGUUGUUGCAAAAACAAGAAGGACAGUGUGAAGACUACUUUAACAUCUGCUUUGAAUUGGCCAGAAUGUCAUUGUUACAAGAAAAAAAUUUAGUUUUGAAAAAACCAGUAUGUGAAAGUAGCAGUUCAUAUUCCCGCUCUCCAACAGAGAUGGAUGAGAAUGAAUAAAUUGGAAAAUUCCAUGAAAAACAAUUUCAAACAAUUUUGUAUUCAGUGGUCAGCUUUACCUUGUGUGUUAUGGUAGUUGAAAUGAUAUCUGUAAAUCCAUAUUUGUAUCCUCACCUGCAUUGCCAAUAGAUUAGCAUCUUUCUGGAACUACCAGAGCCAUUUGAUGAAUGGCCAGUCAUAACAAUUGAAUAAAUAUUGUUUCAACAUUGCUACCUUUUGAUAUCUUUGAAAAAAUCCCUUCCUUCCCUCCAUCAACCACUUGUAGCAGCUAUUUCUCUGUAUUUAGAUCCAAGUUGUACUGAUAUUUGUACUAGGAACUUAAUGCUUCCAUUUUUCUCUUCUUCUCUCCCAACAUUUUCUUCUACAUCAGGCAUGUCAAACUGCCAGCCAUGGGCCGGAUGUGUCACACCAAAACUGCACCCACCCCAUUGCCGGCAAUGGGGAAAAAGUCACGAUACGUCACGCAACGUCGUGAGUUUGACAUGCCUGUUCUACAUUAUGUGUCUUGCUUAUAAAAGCAUUUGAUAGCUCAGUGUUUUAAACUGAUGAACCAAGAGAAAUAUUUUUCUUUUUAUAAGUAUCUUUAAGAAACAUUUUGGUCAAUGAUGUGGUUAACACUUGGAAACCAAUUUUUUAAAAAAUAUUUAAAGUCCUGAAUUGGGUAUUGCUUAGUUAGUUAUGGACUUGAGUGGGCAUUAAAGUCUGUAGAUGAGGACUUCUUAAAAAGUGUAGUAAUUUUAAAGACUUAGAUCUCAAAAUCAAAAGAUAAUUGGACAUCUAUAUAAAACAGCCAGUAAAAGGCAUCAUAAAAAGACAGCUCCUUCUUCCUAAAAUAAGUACAGGUAAUCCUCAGCUUACGACCACAACUGAGCAGAAUUCUGUUACUAAGUGAGACAUUUGUUAAGUGAAUUUUGCUGCAUUUUAUAACCUUUCUUGCCAAAGUUAUUAAACAAUCACUGCACUUGUUAAGUUAGUAACAUGGUUAUUAAGUGAAUCUGGCUUCCCCAUUAAGUUUGCUUGUCAGAGGGUUGCUAAAGGGGAUCACGUGACCCGUCAUAAAUACGUGUCUGUUGCCAAGGAUCCAAAUUUUGAUCACAUGACCAUGAGAUUGUAAGUGAAAAAUGAUCAUAAAUCACUUUUUCAUUGAUGUAACUUCAAACAACAAACUUGUAAGUUGAGGAUUAUAUAAUGGAACAAUAAGACUCAAAAAAUAUAAGGCUAGUUAUGAAGUGUGUAUAAAAUUUAUUCACAGCUUGAUAAAUCUAAACUUAAAGAUUGGUAGCUUAAACAAAAAUGACAAAUCAUGUUAAAUCAUAUAUAUAUGUGUAAUAAGCAUAUUACAAGAACUGAAAAUACGGAACUCUUUUUCAGCAACAAACUUCUACUUUAGAAAUGCAAUAUAUAAAGAAAUAUUUGUGUAAGAUAUGAAUAGUAAAAUGUGUCUUUGAAUUUAAAUUUAAAAAGCACGGGAAAAAAAA